UGGGGAAAGACAUGACUCUUCAAAUAGAACAGACUUCACCAAUUCACCUGUUGGGGACUUGCCUGAGAUGGCAACAGCUCUCACUUCCCAGAGCAACGCCUUAGCUUCUGGAAGUACAGAGGGGCUUAACAACUCCACCAGUCACCAUAGCCCCUUGGUCCGACAGACAAAGAGUAUCCAUUCUACUGCCACAUUCACUGAUGGUGUUCCAAGGAUGCUCCGAUCUUUGACUGUCAGUCUGGGACUUACAAAUGAGACAGGGGGCUUCACUGAGGACUCUAAGACUGCCACGACUUCAGUCUCAGUCCAUUCUUCACUGUCUGCAGUGGAAUCAAGAAGGAACAGUCAAGUAACUGGGAAUCCAGGGGAUGGGGAAUUCACUGAGCCAUCCACAGAAGACGGACUUACAUCUUCACGUUGGCAAAAUGACUCCCCAACCUUCAGAGUACACCAGCUUGCCAGCAGCUCUGAGGCACAACAUGGAAGUUCUGUGUCUCAGACUGAGUCUGAGUCCAGGUCAUUCCCAUCCACCAGAGCUGGAGAGAGCACGGCACACUGGGCCGCGACCAACAGCAAGACAUUUGCAGAUGCAAAAGGAAGCUCUGCCUCAUAUCCCGAUGUUGUGAGGGCUUCAGUUUUCACCGGGUUCUCGGACUCUGCUCCACAGACCAGAGGAAGGAGCACCGUGUUGAGUGAUAGUGGUUAUUCAGAGUCUUUGUCCACAUCCUCCUCAGAAAGCCUGGAUUCUUCAGCACCACGUGGAGAACGUUCGACGGUGGAAGAUGGCGGCGAAGGUGUGCGGGACAGGACACCCAGGGCUCCCCCGCGCAGCGCGCACACCUCGGCCACUCUGGCUGGAGUCGCGGAGCGCACGCUGCGGUCCCUCGCCCCCACCAACGCCAGUACCAGCGCCACUCCUGCCCGGAGCCCCGCGGGAACAGACGGCGCCGCUUCCCGCCUGAACGUCACCGACGGCACCAGCCUGGCCUCCUCGAGGGCCCUAGGAGUCACUGGAAUUAGCUACGAUCAAGUGAGUGGCACAGAAACUGAACAAAGGAAUUCCAGCAGCCACACAGACCACACUUACAUUUCAUCAACUUUCACCAAAGGAGAACGGGCAUUACUGUCCAUUACAGAUAACAGUUCAUCCUCAGACAUCAGGGAGAGCUCGACCUCUUAUAUCAAGUCCUCAAACCCUUCGUAUUCGGACUAUUCUUCCUCUUCUCAUGCUCAGACUGAAAGAAGUAACAUCUCAUCCUACGAUGGGGAAUAUGCUCAGCCUUCCACUGAGUCACCGGUUCAGCAUACAUCUGACCUCUUGUCCCUCACAUCCACCGUUAAUAUGCCAGAUGCUGCUGCUCAGUCUGUUGGUGGCUCGUCAUCUUCUCCUUCAGUGCCUCCUCUGCCUCUGCCCUCAGGAUCACAAUCCCACCAGUUUUCAUCAACCUUACCAUCACCCAGGGCCUCUGUGUAUCUGCUGAAGUCUACCUCUGAUGCAUCUCUGCCUUUGUCUUCCUCACCCUCACCUUCACCGAUAUCCGCGACAGCAUCUACCCCUGCCCCACUUUCUGUCUCGCAGACAACCUUACCACAUUCGUCUUCUACCCUAGUCCUACCCAGGGUAAGGGGGACUCCUAUGACUUCGGUUCAGAUGUUGACAGCAUCAUCAUCUGUGGCAACACCCAGCAGUAGUCAAACAGUAGACCCUAAGAACCAGAGCACCUCACACCAAGAGAAAAUUGUUACAGAAUCAAAGUCACCGAGCUUGAUGUCUCUGCCCACAGAGUCCAUCAAUGCUGUAACAAUGAGCUCUCCUUCGGAGGUCUCUUUAUCUCCAGCCUUAACAGAGUCUUCCACAGAGCAAACCCUUCCACCCUCUAGCACCAGCUUAGCCCCAAUGUCUCCAGCUCUGACAGCCACCGUUCUUGAGAUUUUUCAUCCACCUGUGACCACUCCCAGCACCCCAUCAAGCACAGCUUCUCUGAUCAGUAGCCCUAUACCCAUACAGACUACAGCUAUACAGAAACAGCUCUUGCCAACCCAUCCUGAAAUUCUCGUGCCACAUGUCUCAACACAAGUUGCUGUCAGCACAAAGAGGACCGAGGUGCAUGAAGAUGCUACCACCAAAUUGAUCCCUCUGACCAGUGUACUCACAUCAGCAAAAGAACUGACCACACGGCUUGGCAUUAUAGAAGAGCACAGCCCGGCUUCACAUGUCCUCAAGACAUCUCUUUCCCCCCAAACCACAGAUGUUUCUACAGCUGAAGUGUCAACUCCUAAUUCUGCCACCUUUGCUGUUCACAGCAGCACGUGGUCCCCCACAGCAUUGUCAUCGUCAGCCUCAGUCAAUAACUGCGCCAAGAACCCUUGUCUUCAUGAGGGCAAAUGCACUGAGGACUCCACCGGUCGUGGCUAUCAAUGUGUGUGCUCACCUUCCUGGCAAGGGGAUAACUGCAGUGUGGAUGUGAAUGAAUGCCUGUCGAACCCCUGCCCACCCCUGGCCAUGUGCAACAAUACUCAGGGAUCCUUUAUCUGCAAAUGCCCAGUUGGGUACCAGUUGGAAAAAGGAAUAUGCAAUUUGGUUAGAACCUUCGUGACAGAGUUUAAAUUAAAGAGAACUUUUCUUAAUACUACUGUGGAAAAACAUUCAGAUCUACAAGAAGUUGAAAAGGAGAUCACCAAAACGUUAAAUGUGUGUUUUUCCACGUUACCUGGCUAUGUCCGAUCCACAGUGCGUGCUUCUAGGGAGUCCAACGUGGUGGUGAUCUCACUGCAAACAACCUUUUCCAUGGCCUCCAAUGUGACACUGUUUGACCUGGCUGAUGGGAUACAGAAAUGUGUCAAUACCUGCAGAUCCUCUGCUGAGGUCUGCCAGCUCUUGGGAUCUCAGAAACGGAUCUUUAGAGCGGGCAGCUUGUGCAAGCGGAAGAGCCCUGAGUGUGACAGAGAGACCUCCGUCUGCACUGACCUGGACGGCGUGGCCCUGUGCCAGUGCAAGGCAGGCUACUUCCAGUUCAACAAGAUGGAUCACUCCUGCCGAGCCUGUGAAGACGGAUACAGGCUUGAAAACGAAACCUGUAUGAGUUGCCCAUUCGGCCUCGGUGGUCUCAACUGUGGGAACCCCUAUCAGCUUAUCACAGUGGUGAUCGCAGCUGCAGGAGGUGGGCUUCUCCUCAUCCUGGGCAUUGCACUGAUAGUGACCUGCUGCAGAAAGAAUAAAAAUGAUAUAAGCAAACUCAUCUUCAAAAGUGGGGAUUUCCAAAUGUCCCCAUAUGCUGAGUACCCCAAGAACCCUCGCUCUCAAGAAUGGGGCCGAGAAGCUAUUGAAAUGCAUGAGAAUGGAAGCACCAAAAACCUCCUGCAGAUGACGGAUGUGUAUUACUCGCCUACAAGUGUAAGGAAUCCUGAACUUGAACGAAACGGACUCUACCCCACCUACACUGGAUUACCAGGAUCACGGCAUUCUUGCAUUUUUCCCGGACAGUAUAACCCAUCUUUCAUCAGUGACGAGAGCAGAAGAAGAGACUACUUUUAAGUCCAAGAGAAAGAGGGGCCCACUGCCCUGAGCCAGUUACCAGGGACCUCAGUGGCUCGAGGACUGCACCAAGAGGCUGCUCCCAGGACUGGUCGGAAUCACACUUGAGCAGCAAGCAGAAGAAGGGGCAGGUGUGAGGGGCUGGGCCACAGUGGAGGGGUCAGAGGGAUGUGGAGCUGCAGGCUGCUCACUCGGCACCUUUGUUGUUACUGUGAAUGUGAGCGGGGGCCAGUACCAAGAGAGUCUGUUUUAGUGACUGGACCAUGGCACUGGCUCCGGGACGACUGUGAGCCAGGGCAGACCACUAGGAAUCACUGCAAGGACCCGGCUUUCCUUAGUGCGCACUUUAGUACAUCGGGCAGGAGGUUUCCUUCAGGAUUUGUCUCUCAGCUGUUCUAGAAGGAAGGCUUCCUUCCAGAGACAUUUCCAUAGGCCUCGAUUUGGUGACUUAUUUGCAGCAAAUACUGGCUUAUUAGCUGUUUCCCUGCCCAGUGCCUGUGUGUUAAACAAUAGUCAUAACAAACAUACCCCUGAGGUUUGAGACGCUGCCAUUGAAAGCACAGUAUUGUAAUUUGUCUCUAGGUUAUCUUAUGCUACAGUUUCCAAGCCACCCCCAAAAUGAGGAAUUGAAAUUUACAAGGCACAGCACCCAACUCCAAUUUGUUUUUUUAGUCAAGGUGACACAUUUAUUUAAGACAUUUUUUUUUUCUCUUUGCAGUUAAGUCUCACUUUAUCAAAUAAGUCUGGACCAGGGCCUAAUUUACAUUUGGUUCUAUCAUCGUUAGAUGCAUCCAGCUGCCCUGUAUUAAGGGCUGGCUGGCAGGUGAGGGGCUGGCCCUGCAGACAUGGUGCACUUUAUAUCUGUGACGGCAGUGUGGGGGCCUGGCGUGCUGACCACCAUCGCUGAGGCCAGAGGCUGCUGGGUAUGGAGUCGAAACGUAAAGGCAGAUUGGGUCUGAGCUCGAUGU